UAUUGUAGACCCUGAAGACGAUCCAGUAGUACAGAAUCAAUUAUAUCUCUAUGAGAAUGGGAUAUUGCAAACAACAGAAGCGUACCCGAAGAUUCUACAAAAAGGGAUUUUGAGACAGAAGAAACCGUUAUCGCAAGAUCCUCCGAGGCCGCAGCUAUCAAUAGUCCAAAUCAUUCAUGCAAAGGAUAUCCGACAUGUACUCCCAUCAUCUAGACAAGUUUCAACUCCCAAGAGAAUACAAAUUGGUAGCGAUUGGAGGAUCUGGGACUGGAACAAGCCGACUCCUAAUACAGUCACAGUUUAUCGACGAAUACGACCCGACAAUCGAAGACACACAUCGUAAAAUAUGUGUCAUUGACGACGAAGUUGCUCUACUCGAUGUGCUCGACUCGGCCGACCAGGACGUGUACUCGGCCAUGAGAGAGCAGUACAUAAGAACGGGGGAAGGCUUCCUGUUGGUAUACAGCAUCACCAGUCGCCAAAGCUUCGAAGAAAUUACAACCUUCCAGCAGCAAGUCCUCCGUAUGAAGGACAAGGACUACUUCCCGAUACUCCUGGUUGGCAAUAACUGCUCUCUAGAGUCGGAGCGAGACGUGAGUAGACAGGAAGCUGAAGCCUUGGCAAGGAGUUUUGGAUACCCUUUCAUCGAGGUAGAUGCAAGAUCCCGCGUCAAUAUCGAUGAGGCAUUUUACGAUUUGGUACGGGAGAUUCGACGAUAUAACCGCGAGAUUUCUGGUUAUUCUACACCCUUCCCUUUUCCUUCUUCUCCCUCCUUCUUCUGACUUUCC